AUGAAGAUCACAUUCAAGGAUCUCAAGCAGAACAAGUUCGUCAUCCAGGCCGAACCCACGGAAACGCUCAAGGCGAAAAUCCAGGCAGACAAGGGCUGGGAGGUGCCCCAACAGAAGCUCAUCUACUCGGGCAAGAUUCUGCAGGACGCCCACACGGUCGAGUCGUACAAGAUUGAGGAGAAGGGCUUCAUCGUCUGCAUGGUCUCCAAGGUGAGUUGA